AAAUGAUUUCGAGUGCACCAUAAGUUAACAGGGACAAUAAAACACAAUAAUAUAAUAAUUAUAUUAUGGAAUAAUUAGGCGAAUAUCAACAGCUAGGGAUCAGCUCGAAUAGCGAGAUUAUUUUUAAUAUUUUAUAACUUAGUAAGUUUUGGAAGUACCUGAAGAUCCUUUGACGAUCAGAAGCCUGAUAUUUAAAUGAAGACUGCCCCAAUGACUCAGACUAUAUUCUGCGUGAGGACUUUAGCCUCUGUAAUACUUUUGUUACUCAUCGGAACAUUGCGCACAAAAGGAAGUCAUUCAAUAGCAAAUAUACAAGGUCAUAACGAGCCUGAUGAAGUGGGACCGCUUUUUUUGGCACAACUUACAAAUAUUACUGUACCACAAGGUCGUGACGUAUCUUUCACCUGUGUUGUAGACAACUUGGGACAAUAUCGGGUGGCUUGGAUUAAAUCAGAUUCAAAGGCAAUACUUGGUAUACAUACACAUAUGGUAUCUCUAAAUCCAAGAUUAUCAGUGACACACAAUGGGCACAACACCUGGAAACUUCACAUAUCCCACGUGCAACUAAAUGAUUCUGGCAGCUACAUGUGUCAAGUGAAUACAGAUCCCAUGAAAAGUCUGGUAAGUCAAGCACAGCUCUACCCCUAUUUUUCAGUUCCGCCAACUAUAAAGGCUGUCAACCAAUUAGUAGGAGCGCCGGUUGAACGGGAGGUAACAUUAGAAUGCAUUGUGGAAGUUUAUCCAAAACCACUAAACGGCUGGUACCGCAACGAAGGAAAUGUUAAGUUGCACAAUAGCAACAAGUACAACAUCUCGGAAGCGAUGAUUAAUCUGUACAUGUGGCACCUUAAUUUGACAAUACGACACCUGACGAAAUCUGACUUUGGAGCUUAUACCUGCUCUAGUGUAAAUGCUCUAGGGAAGAGUGAGGCGCGAAUUCGGCUGCAAGAAUUACGAUUACCGCCCAAGUCGACAACGACGCCAACACCUCACGUGCACACUACCACGAAGCCGCGUCGGAAGCAGCAGCCCAGCCACAACAAGGGACUGAACGAAGUGGUGCGUGCCAAGGAAACCCAUUUCUCAAAUCAAAUGCAGCAAGAGAACGAUGUAUUCGGCAGCGGGAUUGGUGUGCCCCAGAGUCCCAACGGCGGUGGUGGUGCCGGUGCCGGUGGUAUUGUGGCAAGUGGAAACGUCAACGGCAUGAUAAACGGAGCGGAAGUACAUACGCAAGUUCCAACGCGCAAUGGAUACGAAAAAACAAAUAAGUCGCCGGGUGCGGUACCAUCGCAUCGUCCGCCCUGGACUUACCCAAGUGCGGGGUCACAGCUGCUUGGCAUAGCUACGACAACGACUAAUGCCCAGAUGGCUUUUUUCUGCUUAUUGUCUAUGUAUUUAGUUAAGCUCAUUUAAAAUUAUGAUUCCAACUAAAUCCAACACCAGACUGCAACCAGCAAGGAUGGCAAGGAGAC